GGAAAAUACACUUAGAAUGAUAAAAAUAAUAAUACAAACUGGAGUAGCAUAUACCCGUAAUAAUAAAAAUAAUAAUACACAAAUGUGGUACGUACUACAUGUGACAUGUCUGCCAUCUUUAGCUAGAUACACAAUAAUAUAGACCGCACGUAUGUGAGACAAUGAACUUGGAGAGUGCAGACUAUACAUAGUCACACGUCUCAUGCAUACGAACAACCAACCAUCGCACAUGCUAAAUCACUUACGAGAAAGAGGCCAAAGAUAGGUAAAUGAUGAAGCAAAUGAGCUACUUGUACUUGUUCUGCACCAAAGAAAAGCCAACGACAUGCGUAUUUGUAUAUAUACAAAUACAUAUUUAUAUAUGUAUAGAUAUACUACCAUUUCUACCCUGCGAAACCACAACCAGAGAACAACUUCACAUACACACCUGCACUUUUCUCUCUAACCUGCUAUCUAAGUCACGAGUGAAGGAGAGUGAAAAUAGUGGAAUCUCCUCCGGAAGAGCUGGUACCAAGAAUCUCCGGAGAAGAGUCACACGAUGCCGGAAAACAAAGGAUCCCGCCGGAGUGCCUUAACCUCGCCGCCAGACUGACUACGGAACUGCGGAACGAAGGUGUAAUGGAGCCUGGGAAGUUUCCUCUGAAUGCCACUGAACGUCGGGGAAAUGGGAGGACUCGACGGAGAAGAAACCCGCUGUGGGCCGGAGUGAUUUUCACGCAGGAAGAAAGAAUGGUUGAACGCUGUGGAAGCACUGCCGUGAGGAAGUUCCACUGUAGCACCGCCGGAGAAAGUUUCGCUGGGUUACAACGGCCGGUCUGCGUAGACUCCGGAAAGAAAGAGAAGCUGAUGGAGAAGAUGACCUUCUGCCGCCAUGUGUGUACGUAAUUCAUAUACUCCGUAUUAAUUCUGACGGGCUGUAGUUUUAUUAAUAUGGACUCAAAUUAAAUUAAAUGGGCCAAACUGUUUAAGGAAUGGAGGAGAAAUUAAACAUUCUGGGUUGGCCAAAAAUAAAAAUAGAUGGAAUUAAUAAAAUGGAUCAAAUUGGCAUACGUAGGUAAUUAAAAGUGAGCAAACUAAGAUGAGCUAAUUAAUCUCAAUAUUGUGAGUAAAUUAUUAAUUCUACAAUUUUAAUAUUCUAGAAGGUGAAAUUGGAGAAGGUCGAGAUUAAAGCUUCAAUUAGGAUUUAUCACGAUUCAAGGAAUUGAGGAUCAUGUUGAAGUUGAUUUCGAGAGCUUCCGCUAGAACACAUAGACUAAAGUGAUUGAGUAAUUUAAUUUAGUCUUAAUUUUAAAGAAUUGUAGUUGAACAGUUAAAUAUGGGAAAAUUUAAUUUGUUGGUGGUGGAUAGCCUGUGCACUCGGUUAUGUGAGAACCGAGUGUGGCGGUAACGCCCCUGUUUCCCUUUGAAUUUUCCGCUGCAAGACUCUCAUGUUUUCGAAUAAAUCAUUAUUUAUUUUGAAUAAAUC